AAUAUUUGUAAAUUUAGUUAUUAAAUUUAUAUGCAUUCCAUAUUUAUUUAAUUUAGCAUUCAAGUAUUUUUCACGAGAUAUUUAUUUUUUUUACGAGAUAUUUAUUUAGCGAAUACUGAGCGAUUAUUACAGUUUUCAUAAUACAACCCGGAAGAUAUUUUUUUUAUCUACACCUACCCACCAUUUCCACCCACUCUCCCCACUCACACUUUCCACUCUCCCCACUCACACUUCGCACCAUACUUUGCCCCCCACCAAAAUAAACUUUAGCCAUAAUACUCAUUCCCUUCCACUCACCAUUUCUCCUACAUACCAAGGAACAAGUGCAGAGGUAAGAACUGCAAUCAUAAUUUCAUAAUUUAAUUCUUACAACCUUCAGCAACUCCCAAGCUCUCUCUCUAAAAAAAAAACGCCACUGCCCAUAACUCCAUUCACAGAAGUUUAGUAAACAACAACAAAUACAACAACAAACACCAGCCGAAACCUCAUCAAAAGGCUUUGAGCAUCAGGAGGAUUAGCACUGCUAUUCCGAUUCAGAGAUAAGGUUAAACGACAGGCUUUGCCUAGACAGAAUGGAAGACGCACCAAGAAGACGCGGUAGGGGACGAGGACGUGGUCGUGGUCGUGGACGCGGCAGGGGAUUCAUCCCUGAAGAGCCAAUCCAACAAGUAGCACCAAAUCGUACUGCUGAAGAGAAGUUUCGCAAGGAAAAACCUCCAACAUUUGACGGGCUGGGCGAUCCAACAGACGCCGAAAAGUGGGUUAGGGCCAUAGAGCGUAUCUUUAACUACAUCCGUUGCGAUGACGAAGACAAAGUAACUUGUGCAACCUACCAACUGGUGGACGAAGCCGACUUCUGGUGGGAAUCGGUGAGGCGCACAAUGACUGAGGAACAGUGGGAAAAUUUCACUUGGGAAGAUUUCAAGACUGAAUUAUACGAGAAAUACAUACCGGGAUGCUAUAGACAGAAGAAGCAGAAUGAGUUCUGGAAUCUGAAGCAGAGGGCUGGGACAGUUACUGAGUACGAUAGAGCCUUCAAUCAGCUAUCAAGAUAUGCUCCGACGCUGGUGGACACUGAUGAGAAACGUGCAGAAAAAUUUAGGAAUGGACUGCGCCAUGAGAUAUCAAUCUCCCUAGCAAGCCAGGGAGGUCUCACCUACGCACAAACUUUGAGCAGGGCUCUCACCAUUGAGUCAUUGCUACCAAAGGAAAAAGGGAAAGCUCCGGGACAGUCUGGAUUCGUACCACCUCAAGAUGGUGGUAAAGGAAAAAGAAAGUGGAACGAGGGAACUGGAGGAAACCCCGGGAAUGGAAAUGGAAAGAAGCCGUGGGCUGCUAACCAAAAUCAGAAUCAACGUCAGAAUCAACAGCCGCAAGCAAUGGGACGACCACUCUGCCCAAAGUGUCAGCGACCUCAUUCAGGGGAAUGCCUGAAAGGAAUGAAUAUAUGCUAUAGAUGUGGGGAAACUGGGCACUAUGCUUCAGUAUGUCCGAAGAAGAACGGAGGAGCACCUCAACAGCAAAACCCCAAAAAUCAACAGCGACAAAAUCAGGGCCCUGGAGGACAACGGGGACAGCCACAGAAUGCUAGGGCCUAUGCCCUUAACCAAAAUCAAGCAGCAGGAAACCAAGGAAACUUGGCAGGUUAAUGGCUGGUGAUGACGGGGCAGAGCUGAGGCUAGGGUUCAACUCCGUAUUUUGUCUUCCGCUAUUGCACUAGCUUUUAUUUGUCUUUUGUUUCUCCAACUUAAGACUUUUAUGUUAAAUUCUGAAUUAUGUUUUUAUCGAGCUUAAACUCUCAACUUCUAGCUCGAUGUUAUUUAACGUUGGUUAUCGGAAGCAUGAAACCGAACUUGUGAUCCUAAGGCUUUGAAUGUUGUUGAUUGAUUAGUAUCACUUGAUUUCUAUC